AUGUCAGCGAAGUCACCCUCCGUUUAUGGCGCAAUUCCCACCACCUCCGCCAGCCCCACACCCACCUCCAAUAUCAGACGCCCGCCACCACUACCACCACCGUCCGAUUUCUUCUCACGCGCCAAAGCCAAGAUUGCCACGGCCCGCCCCUGGAAAGAGCUUCUCGAUCCCACCUCCUUCUCCCUCCCGUACAGCUAUUCGGAAGCCAUGUCUCGUAUUCGCCGAAACUUGGGUUAUUUCCAAGUCAACUACGCAAUGCCUCAUAUACCACCCUUUUUCCAUGAUUGUCUUCUUGAUAGUUUUCAUAGCCUGGUUCUCUUGUACUUCUUUCGCGAGGAACCCCUUGUGUUGUUUGGUAGGAUCGUAGAUGAUAAAGUUGUUUUGGGUGUGCUGGGUUUGGUUACUGUGAUUGCUUUGGUGUUCACUCACGUUGGAUUGAAUGUCUUGGGUAUAGAGGACUUGUUCUUGGAUGAGAAUGAGGUAGCUGAAGGUGGGUUGCUUUCGUUUGUUAGUGGCGAGCCAAUGCGACCGGCUUAUACUCGGUUGAAUUGA